AUGGCCACCGGAAGGCCCAGGCAGUUGAAACUGACUGUUAUCGAAAAUACCCUGAAGCAGGCUGCAAAUCGUUCACGUUCACCCACAAGGCUCAGUCCUAUUUCCAAGGACCGAUUAAGACGGCGAAGCAGUUCUUCUGCUGGUUCUCGUGGUGUUGAAUCAUUCAGACGAAAUGUCAAUAAUGGCAGACGCUUGGAUUCUUUGGGACUUCAAUGUCAGCCCAUACAACCCGAUACUUCGCAAGCAUUUCCGUCUCUCAGUCCUCAGCAAGACUCUUUACCAUUCCCUCAAUUUCCCUUUGACGAUUCAGCCAUCCUCACAGAUGAUGAGGCUGCAAGUCAAGGGCAAUCUCCCAUUUCACCACUGUCUGGGCCUAGUUGGCAGUUCCCAGCACAGCCUCUUAGCACACCUCUAAGAAGUCAGUCAGCACGAGUCAAAGAUGGUCAAAUAAUUCGCAUUACUCUCAAGACUAAGACCACGGAGGUACCAUGUAUCGCCAAAUGCUACCUCAACCGUCCGUCCAGUGUCGUCGAUGACAACUUUGCUCGUAACUGGGGUGUCCAAAUACGACCCGUGCCUAAGGAGAGAUGGAAAGACGCUAAGCACUGGUGUGUGCUGGACGUUAUUGACGCGGAAAUGAUUGGGAAGACUCAACAGCAACUGAAGAUCCGACUUGGGAAGCUUUCCGAUCAGCGAAUCAGUGUUGAGUUGGGCAUUGAUGCGUUGAAGGCUCUUGGUUUGGCCGAUGGUCCUGAAGCAGUAACUCGUUCUGCGCCCCCCAGCCAAUAUCCAUCGUGGAACGGCUUCAGCCCUUCUUAUAUGCAGCAACCUCAGGAUAUCUUGACGCCUUACGUGCUGGCCCCCCCAGCGCCACAGCAGUUCACAACUGGUCGCAAUCGCGCAUUGACAGUUCCAUCGACCGUCCCUUCUGCUAUCCCCCAAAUCAGGAUCGAUACUUCGUUUGAUACUUCACUACAGCUCCCUAUGUCUAUGUAUGAUUCAGGAUCAGGUGAAGAAUCGAGCUCGCCGUGGGAUGCUCUAUCAUAUCAAGACGACGAUAAGAGUGUUUGGAGUCCAGCUGUUUCCGAGUGUGGUGGUUUUUCGUCGUCUUAUGAUACCUGUAUGAAAUAA